UCUAUUCAGCUAUAAAAGCCCCUCGAUGGCAUCCGGAAAAGCAUCAGUUGUAAGCCAUUCCAACUAUCACCAACAUGAGGUACUCUUGCGUUCUCCUGCUCCUGGCCCUGUUCGGCUGUGUCCUCUUUAGACAGACCAGGGCCACUGGCACUGCCACCACAACGGUGGCUGCUGCCACCACCGCGACAACCUCAGCAUCGGCGGCCACCACAACCACCUCCGCAGCGGCAACCACCACUACGGCCGCCUCAGACACGACCACAACCACAGCCGCAACCACCACUGCAGCCUCGACAUCUGCGGGCAAGAAGAAGGUGCACCACCACAAGCGGAGGAUCCACGGGGGCAAGAAGAGGAUCGUCCGCCGCAGGAACAGGAACAGGAACAGGAAAAACAAAGCCUAAGCCUGAUGCCUGAUACUUGAAACCAAUCCUAACGCUGAUCCUGACCCUAGCGCAUCCCUGUUACCGUAACUCUGUUUAUUUUCUAGUAUUAAUGAAUGUUUUUUGCAUAGUUGUAAGGCAAUUAAAAAAUUGAAUUUAAAUUA